GGCUCCCCGGCGGGCUCCGUCCGCUGAUAGGCCGCUUCCGCUUUCAGUCAAGCCCCAUUCAUAAAUAAGUCAUGCCUGGGAGGAACCGAUGUAACAAGUAUCGAUAGAUUUCGCUCGCGACGCGCCCGCCACAGCGUUUCUAACUACGCCCAGAGUCGCGCGUGGCUCCCGCGAGUCGCGUUUCCUCCCGCGGCGGACAGCGACGGCGGUGUUUGUCGAUACGCGGAGCAAAUGAGACUGACUUCCGACUGCUGACCCCUUUCUCGAACUGCAAUGACAUGAGCGCUCCAGCAGGAAGCUCGAAUCAUUUCGCGUUUAGAAACAUUGUAGCGCGUCCGCCGAGACUUCUGUCCGCCCGACUGUGAAGGAAUAAUGGAGCGUAUUUGAACCAGCCUUUAACGCAGACGCUGUAGCGCUCGACCCGAUGUUUUAAACGUGCGUCGUGUCCGUCCGUUUGGACGCAUCAAAAGUAAAAUCGCCGUUCCGAAGCCAAAUGGAAAGCUGAACCAUGGCAGCAAAAGAGGACCUGUAUGCCAAAGUCGCUCCGCGGAUGCAGCGGCAGAACCGGCCGGGAACUGUCAAACAUGGAAAUAGUCUGGAUGUUUUGCUGUCAAUGGGCUUCCCUAAAACCAGGGCGCUAAAAGCUCUGGUUUCGACUGGGGGCAGAAAUGUACAAGCAGCCUGUGACUGGUUGUUCUCCCAUGUGGAUGACCCGUUCCUGGACGAUCCUUUACCCAGGGAGUACGUGCUGUACCUAAAACCCAGCGGUCCUCUCCUCAACCAGCUUUCCAACUUCUGGCAGCAGAGCCGCAUCACAUGUGGCAAGAACAAAGCCCACAACAUCUUCCCUCACAUAACCCUCUGCCAGUUCUUCAUGUGUGCAGAUGGCAAGGUAGAUGCCCUCUGUGAAGCUCUGCAGGCAGUGGUGGGUCAAUGGAGAGGUCGUUUCCCCUCCCCGCUCCCCCUGGAGUUUUAUUCAUCCUCAAACUUCAUCGGCCUCUUUGUGGAAGAGAAGGUAGCUGAGGUGAUCAAGAGCUUUGCAGCAGACUUUGCCACUGAGGCGGCUUCCAAAGCAGAUGCUCAUGUGGAGCCCCAUAAAAAGCAGCUUCAUGUAACUCUGGCCUACCACUUCCAAACCAAUCAUCUUGCAUCAUUAGAAAAACUUGCCAAAGGUGUAGACAUAACCCUGGGCUGUGAUUGGCAGGCUGUACUCUUGUCACGGGACAUCCGAUUCGCCAAUCAUGAGACCCUGCGGGUGAUGUACCCUUAUGUGCCUCAGAAUGAUGAUGAACUGGAGCUGGUGCCCGGUGACUUCAUCUUCAUGUCAUCUAUAGAACAGACCACUGCCAGCGAGGGCUGGGUUUACGGGACCUCGAUGAGCACCGGGUUAUCAGGGCUACUGCCAGAAAACUACGUCAACAGGGCAGACGAGUGUGACACUUGGGUCUAUCAUGGGUCUUUCUCUUUCCUUAAUGGAACUCCUCCAACCAAUAUCAGGGGUGCAAUGGGUGGGUUUUUUCUAGAUCCACAUUUGGAUGGUCGUCUCCUUGAUGACCCCAUGCCAUUGGAUCCCCCUAGUCUUGGUGUUAUAUGUCAACCUAUGCAGAUUCUACGACCCAAUCAGUCUCGUUUGCCUAAGAGAACGUUGUUUGUGUGUCGCCAUGGUGAGAGAAUGGAUGUAGUGUUUGGGAAACACUGGAUCACUCAGUGCUUUGAUGCCAAAGGUCGGUAUGUGCGGUCAAACCUCAAUAUGCCAGCGAGUCUCCCAGCGAGGAGUGGGGGGUACAGGGACUAUGAUAAGGACUGUCCUAUCACUGUGUUCGGAUCCACACAGGCUCGUCUAGUCGGGGAGGCUCUCCUGGAAAGUCAUACAGUGGUAGACUUUGUGUACUGUUCUCCGUCUCUGCGCUGCGUGCAAACAGCUUAUAAUAUCCUCAAAGGUCUUCAAAAGGAUGGGAAGACUAAAAUCAGAGUUGAGCCGGGGUUGUUUGAGUGGACUAAAUGGGUGUCGGGAACCUCAUUACCUGCCUGGAUUCCUCCUGCAGACCUGGCAGCUGCAAACCUUAGUGUGGAUACAACAUACAGACCUCAUAUUCCUGUCAGUAAACUGGCCGUGUCAGAGUCCUAUGAAACAUACAUCAGUCGCAGCUUCCAAGUGACGCGUGAAAUACUGUCGGAGUGCAAUAACCUGGGAAAUACAGUGCUGAUUGUGGCCCAUGCUUCCUCUCUGGAGGCUUGCACGCGGCAGAUACAGGGACUGACCCCACAGAACUCUAAAGACUUCGUGCAAGUGGUCAGAAAGAUACCUUACUUAGGCUUUUGUGCUUGUGAGGAGAUGGGCGAGACAGGUGUUUGGCAGCUUGUGGAUCCCCCCAUCCUGCCCCUCACCCAUGGGCCCAAUCACAGCUUUAACUGGAGAGAAACACUGCUGCAAGACUGAGAGCCUCAGCAACUUCUACCCACUCUGCUCUUCCUCCAAAGGCAACAGAGACGUGCUUACAGUUACAUCAUCACAGAUCUGCAUUAUAGCACUGUAAACGACUCAAGCUUCCAUAGCCACGUUCUUGCACUGCUGCAGUACACCUCACCGACCCCGUCUUAAUAUAUAAAGCAUAAGAGCAGUAAUAUUUGCGAUAGCUAAUCCAUAACGCCAUUUUCCGGCCUGCAGGCAAGCUGCGGCAGAACACAUGCAUCCAACUGUAGCCCAGACGAAACUAAAAAUCUGAGCGCUUCAAAGACACGCGUCAAACACAGGAUGUAAUACACAGCGAUAAACUCAGGUUUCCUGCCUCAGUGAGGAGGAAAUAGUGUGCAAAGUUGAUGAGUCAUCAUCCAAAACUUCCAAAAUGGAUGCCGCUGGUCUCUCCGAACCCUUUGCAAACUCCAUUUUCCUAGACUCUGUAGGGGAGCGAGACUUCUCCCUAUUACACUGUGAAUCAAAUAGACAUGCACAACCUAUUGCAUCAAGAUUUUCCCAAUUACACCUGCUACAAGCCCGCUCACCAACCUCCUGAAAGCACAAGAAUAUAAUCUGGCAAUCAGAUAGACUCAGACCAAGCAGCUUUAAAGUAGUUUAGAAAUGGAUUUGGUGGACAGCACAUUCGUCCUGUGCCUUGCUGUCAUGCUGCUACUGUUAAACACUUUGCAACUAUAGGACACUUUGGGAGGACUGUUAGUUAGGGCUUAUUUGGACACAGUAUUUAAAGAUGUACUGUCAGGCUUUCCGCGUGUAGGAUCGAUGAUAAAUAAGAGAUGAUAGACCCAGUAAGGAUGUCAUCAAAAGGCAGUGCCACAAAUGGUUUCAGUUUCUUAAGCAGCGGCUUAAAUGAUGUUACGUGCAGCUUUUACGCUGAACGGCGAGCUUUACUUUCUGAGCACUUGAAAAAAGCGAACCAAACAGGAAAGAAUGCUUCAACAAUGUAAAGAAUUGUACAUUAACGCAUAACGUGUCUGUAUAUACUAAGUAACAAAGUAAAAUCCAUUUGACGUGUUUCACCUUUAAAUGGAAAAAAUAUAAUUGCAUUUAUUUAUGUAUUCAUGAGAUAGUUGUAAAGAGAAUAUGUUGGUGCUUCAGGUUUUUUUUUUUUUUUUUUUGUUCGUUUGUUAUUUCCUGUUAUUGGAAUAGAGAAACCAAGCCAUAGCAAAUGAUGAUAUAAAUCACUAUAUAAUGCAGUGUUUCUCUACACUCAGAGCACUUGCAUAAGCAUAUCUGUUACAAUUACUGUAAUAUGCCAUCUGUGUUCCCUGAACUUCAUAACUAUUUUAGCCCACCUAUGGUUUGACAUUUAAUGAUGAUAAGGAGGAGGCAUGCAUAAUGAGAUGUGCAAUGCACUGCGGUAUCUUGCUAUAGUUUUCAACAUUUGCUCAUAUAGUGCAUUUACAUAAAGAUAAAUGUUAUGUUUUUUCUUUUUUUUUUUUUUUUUUUUUUUUUUUUUUCUGUUAAGGUUAAGAGUUGAUCUCUCGCCUAAAUGGUUCCUGUUAGGGGAUGAAAGGGACAGUUUUACCCAAAACGUCUUUCCGAACUUGUCUAUUGCAUGUCAGACAUAGAAAAAAAGCAGACAAUGAAACUGUCAAUAAGAAAUAAAUAAGUAAAAGCAGCAGAUGCACUAGAUCAAUUGUUUUUUUUUUUUUUUCUACAGUCUAAUGAAGUGAAGGAAGAGAAUUUUUCUCUAGCUGGUUUAGCCAUGUUGUUAGGUUGCUUUCACAGUUCACAAUUUUGACGAAGCUGUGUAUCCAUAGCCAUGGUAUAAAUCUAUUUUGUAUAUAUUUGGGCCACGCUUUCAAUACAUUGAGAGUAAAUGAGAACUUGUGUGUCUGCGUAUGACUACUAUACUUUUUUUUUUUUUUUUUUGAGAUCAAAACGUUCUUAGAAAUGUCUUCAACUUAACGAUCCAACUGCAUUUAUAGCUAACAGCCCACUCAAAGGGAAGUAAUACGUUAAACUAUUUUUUGAUACUUGUGCAUCAAGUGACUAUUUACUAUAAUUGCUUUCUGAUUUUGCAUUCCGUGAUUUGGACCAGAGCUGAUGUGAGCAAAUUUUGACUAAAGUUCUCGGUUUUGGGUGUACUAUCCCUUUCAAACAUUUCAGAUUACGGGGAGUCUGAGGCAAAUCUGUCUUCAUUCGUUUGGCAUUUUCCAGCUCAUCAGUAACAUAACCUUCUAAAAGCUUCCUACUCGUGAAUUUAAGCGAGACAGCACAUGCGACUUUGUGGAGAUUUCUAAUUAGCCAAGCCAGUGUAAGUGUGUGUGGGUGUGGUUGAGUGUUUGCUCAUGUGCUAGAAGAUGAAAAUGCUGUUCUGCCAUAAAAAGUAAUGACCUUAUUAAAUCAUCCUCGUCUGCUAUUACAACAUGUCUACCGUGAAUAGAUCCUUGUUCUUCCAAAUAACACACAAGCAUCAUGUGUAUAAGUAUCUGUUACCGCAGAGGGUUGAAUGAGUGCAGCUUGACAAAAGCUGAUCCAUGACUGUGUUUGAUUCCUUGAGAGGUAACACCGUCACUGUACGUUUUCAGAAGCAUGCUAUGUGCGCGACUUCUUCUGAUUGUUUGAAAAGGAAUGGGGGUGGAAUAUGAGCCAAAGUGCUUUAUUUUUUUUUUUUUUUUUUUUUUUUUUUUUUUUUUUUUUUAGUUAUUAUUUUGUUCCCCAGAGGCAGAAUUAAUUAUUUUUAAUACAUGUACUUUAAGCAUAUUCUGACCAACAAUUAGCGUUUUGGCCAUGAGGGUUUGUGUUCGUCCUAAUGAAUCACGAGUUGUUUUAUAUGCCCUACUGAUCAGUGACCGGGGAAAUCAAUAAAUACACAAAACAGUAAGAAAUAUAACCAGUGUAUUACAGAUUGUUAUUUUUACUCUGUAUUUUAAUUGUUAUUUCUCCUCCCUGAAAUGAGUCAUGUUUAGUUUAUAUAAGACUUUAUGCUUUUAUUCAGGUCAUCUAAUUUAUUUAAAGUUAUUCAAGUUUUUCCUUGGGGGCAUUUUAGCAGCUUGAAAAUUAUCCUUGCAUGCCCAAGAAGAAAAUGCAAAUGUAACACCUCCAUAGUGAAAAGUUGUACAUGAAAUGAAUGCACAAACCAUAUGUUAUAGUUCAGCGCUCAAAAAUUUGAAUAGAGAUUCCAAAAGCAUAUGUGACAUUCCUCCACAAAGCUACCUUUUUAAGUACGAUUGUUGACUUUUAUUUUAAAAAUUUAUUUUAAUGCGUAAUGUUCGUAAAGCAUGUUUGCAAAUAAAUCUUUUGUCAUCCUGCA